CCUCAGCCCCCGCCGCCGCUUCCGUCUCGCCCUCAGCGCCUCCCGGCUCCGCCGCCCCGCGCGCCCUCAGCCCCUCAAGCCAGAUGAUGAACUUCCUGCGGCGCCGGCUGUCCGACAGCAGCUUCAUCGCCAACCUGCCCAAUGGCUACAUGACUGACCUGCAGCGGCCGGAGCCCCAGCAGCCGCCGCCCCCCGGCCCGGGCGCGGCCUCGGCCUCGUCUAAGCCCCCGGUCGCCUCGCCGGGCCCCGAGCGGAGGCCGCCGCCCGCCCCGGCGCCCGCGCCGCAGCCCGCGCCGCAGCCGGCCCCGGCGCCGUCGGUGGGCAGCAGCUUCUUCAGCUCGCUCUCCCAGGCGGUGAAGCAAACGGCAGCCUCGGCCGGGCUGGUGGACGCGCCCGCGCCCGCGCCCGCCGCCGCCAGGAAGGCCAAGGUGCUGCUGGUCGUCGACGAGCCGCACACCGACUGGGCCAAGUGCUUUCGGGGCAAAAAAGUCCUUGGAGAUUAUGAUAUCAAAGUGGAACAGGCAGAAUUUUCAGAGCUCAACCUGGUGGCCCAUGCAGAUGGGACCUAUGCUGUGGAUAUGCAGGUGCUCCGGAAUGGCACAAAGGUUGUCCGGUCCUUUCGACCAGACUUUGUGCUCAUCCGGCAGCAUGCGUUUGGCAUGGCAGAGAAUGAGGACUUCCGCCACCUGAUCAUUGGCAUGCAGUAUGCAGGCCUCCCCAGCAUCAACUCCCUGGAAUCCAUUUACAACUUCUGUGACAAGCCGUGGGUGUUUGCCCAGCUGGUGGCCGUCUACAAGACACUGGGAGGAGAAAAGUUCCCACUCAUUGAGCAGACAUACUACCCCAACCACAAAGAAAUGCUGACUCUGCCCACGUUCCCUGUGGUGGUAAAGAUCGGCCAUGCUCACUCGGGCAUGGGCAAGGUCAAAGUGGAAAACCACUACGAUUUCCAGGACAUUGCUAGCGUGGUGGCCCUCACCCAGACCUACGCCACAGCAGAGCCUUUCAUUGACGCCAAGUAUGACAUCCGGGUCCAGAAGAUAGGCAACAACUACAAGGCUUACAUGAGGACGUCGAUCUCAGGGAACUGGAAGACAAACACUGGCUCUGCAAUGCUGGAACAGAUCGCCAUGUCAGACAGGUACAAGCUGUGGGUAGACACCUGCUCUGAGAUGUUUGGUGGCCUGGACAUCUGUGCUGUCAAAGCUGUACAUGGCAAAGAUGGGAAAGACUACAUUUUUGAGGUCAUGGACUGUAGUAUGCCGCUGAUGGGGGAACACCAAGUGGAGGACAGGCAGCUCAUCACCGACCUGGCCAUCAGCAAGAUGAACCAGCUGCUGUCCAGGACCCCUGUCCUGUCUCCUCAGAGACCCUUAACCACUCAGCAGCCACAGAGUGGAACACUUAAGGAUCCGGACUCGAGCAAGACCCCACCUCAGCGGCCAGCCCCCCAAGGGGGCCCUGGGCAACCCCAAGGAAUGCAACCCCCAGGCAAGGUGCUGCGUCCACGCCGGCUCCCCCCUGGACCAUCACUGCCACCUUCCUCUUCUUCCUCCUCCUCCUCCUCUUCCUCCUUCUCGGCUCCUCAGCGGCCGGGCGGCCCCACCACCCACGGAGAUGCACCCUCCAGCAGCAGCUCCCUGGCAGAGGUCCAGCCACCCCCGGCUGCUCCACCACAGAAGCCCCAGCCUCACCCACAGCUCAACAAGUCGCAGUCCCUGACAAAUGCCUUCAGCUUCUCUGAGUCCUCCUUCUUCCGGUCUUCAGCCAGUGAGGAUGAAGCCAAGGCAGAGACCAUCCGGAGCUUGAGGAAGUCCUUUGCCAGCCUCUUUUCAGAUUAGCUCUCCAGACACACAGGGGCACCCGGCCCA